CGUUAUUUAGUCAUAUUAGCUAUAUAUAGCUUAUUAGCUGUCUAGUUGGCAAAAAAAACGAUGUGUAAUGCAAUGGCGUUAUGAAUUAUCUGGCAUCUCGAAAUGACUCUGCUUCUCGUAACAUCCCCAUUUCGUUAAAUGGUAGGAUCUUUCCCCCACCCUACAGUAAUGCGGAACUCCCUGCAGAUGAUAUUUUAGCAAGCUAGUGACAGCGACUCGUUAUGUAGCCAGCUAGCUAACCAUCCGGCAAGGUAGCAUCACUCCCUCAGGAACAAUGAUGCCAAUGUAAUGAGCAAUACACAGAUAAAUGCUAAACAGUAGCUAAAUACACGCAGUGGGAUAUUAUUCGAAGAACUUCAUCUGACAAGCGUCACACGAAUUCAGCUGGCUGAUUUCUAGAGCUAACCAGUUAACACCAAUAGCUAGCUAACUUGCUAGCCAGCCAGAAGAGAGCGUUAACUAACGUUAUCUUGCGAGCCAGAUUGUAGUUCCUUUCCGCGACGGUGAGCUCUUCACUGCCUCCUGAUGACUCCAGUUAUACUCCAUUGUUCCUGCCAGUCCUAGGUCUGCCACCUUCAUCUUGGGCAGUGCCUGGCCAACAAACUGAUAUUUCUCCCAGGCGGCAAUGACAUAGAGGAGGGCUUCUUUCAAAAAUGGAGAAAAAGAAACCGUGCCCCCGCUUACUGGACUACCUGGUGGUAGUCGGAGCCAGGCAGCCAAGCAGCGACAGCGUGGCCCAGACGCCCCAGCUGCUGCGGCGUUACCCCCUGGAGGACCACCACGACUUCCCGCUGCCGCCGGAUGUGGUGUUCUUCUGCCAGCCGGAGGGCUGCCUGAGCGCGCGGCAGAAACGCAUGAGCCUGCGCGACGACACCUCCUUCGUCUUCACGCUCACCGACAAGGACUCGGGCGUCACGCGCUACGGCAUCUGCGUCAACUUCUACCGCUCCUUCCAGCGGCGCUUCGGCAAGGGCGAGCGGGCCGGCAAGUCCGAGCGGCCGCCCAAAGCCGCGCCCGCCCCCUCCCCGGCCCACGCGCCGGAGCACAGCGCCGCCGUGACGUCCGCGGCACCCGAGGACGCCGGCGGCGACAGCUCGGGGAGCGGCUCGUCCCUGGCGCCCCCCGGCGUCGACCCGGCCCACGAGGCGGGCAAGUCCCCGCGGGCCAAGAGGAGCGCCAAGCUGGCCCCGAGGAACCGCAACAGCACCCUGACCUCCCUCUGCAUCCUCAGCCACUACCCGUUCUUCUCCACCUUCCGGGAGUGCCUCUACAUCCUCAAGAGGCUGGUGGACUGCUGCAGCGAGAGGCUCACUCAGAAGGCCGGCAUCCCCAAGGGCGUUCAGAGGGACACGAUGUGGAGGGUGUUCACCGGCGCUCUCUCGGUGGAGGAGAAGGGGAGUGUGCUCCUCCAGGACCUGCGGGAGAUCGAGUCCUGGGUGUACCGGCUGCUGCGCUCACCCGUGCCUGUGGCCGGGCUCAAGCGGGUGGACGUGGAGGUGCUGCCCCGCGAGAUGCAGCCCGCCCUCACCUUCGCCCUGCCCGACUCCUCCCGCUUCUCCAUGGUGGACUUCCCCCUGCACCUCCCCCUGGAGCUGCUGGGCGUGGACGCCUGCUUGCAAGUGCUCAGCUGCAUCCUGCUGGAGCACAAGGUGGUUCUGCAAUCGCGAGACUACAACGCCUUGUCCAUGAGUGUCAUGGCCUUUGUGGCCAUGAUCUACCCCCUGGAGUACAUGUUCCCUGUCAUUCCUCUGCUGCCCACCUGCAUGGCCUCUGCAGAACAGCUACUUCUUGCCCCCACGCCGUAUAUCAUUGGUGUGCCAGCCAGUUUCUUCCUGUACAAAUCCGAUUUCAAGAUGCCAGAUGACGUGUGGCUGGUGGAUCUAGACUGUAACAAGGUUAUUGUUCCCAGCAAUGCAGAACUCCUUCCAGCUCUACCAGAGCCAGAGGCCUCAGAGCUGAAGAAACACCUGAAACAGCUUAUGCAGGCCUUAGCAAGCAUGAGCCUCAACACCCAGCCCAUCCUCAACCUGGAGAAGUUCCACGAGGGCCAGGAGAUCCCCCUGCUCACUGGCCGGGACAACGCCUGCACCCCCUCAACGGAGUUCAACCCUCUCAUCUAUGGGAACGAUGUAGACUCUGUGGAUGUUGCCACAAGGGUUGCCAUGGUAAGGUUCUUCAACUCCCCCAACGUGCUGCAGGGAUUCCAAAUGCACACGCGCACCCUGCGGCUCUUCCCCCGGCCCGUCGUGGCCUUCCAGGCCACCUCCUUCCUAGCAUCCCGACCCAAGCGGACAGGAUUUGCAGAAAAGCUGUCACAUACACAGGCGGUGGAGUACUUUGGCGAGUGGUCCCUGAAUCCCAGCAAUCUGGCCUUCCAGCGGAUCCACAAUAAUGUAUAUGACCCCUCCUUGAUUGGAGACAAGCCCAAGUGGUACGCCCACCAGCUUCAGCCCAUCUAUUACCGGGUGUACGAUGGGAACUCCCUGCUGGCGGAGGCCAUGAGCGCGCCACUGGAAAUGGACAACGACAGGGACGAGGACUCUGACCCCACUGACGACAGUGGCAGUGACAGCGUGGACUACGAUGACUCCAGUUCCUCAUACUCUUCACUGGGGGACUUUGUCAGUGAAAUGAUGAAAUGUGACAUCCAAGGAGACACGCCAAACGUGGAUCCCCUGACUCAUGCAGCACUGGGGGAUGCCAGUGAGGUGGAGUUUCAGGACUUCCAGGAGUACAGGGUGGAGGCCACCAGCCAGGCCUUGGAGGGAGAAGGCCCCCUGGAUGGCCAGCAGCCCAAGUCCAGCUCCAGCACCACGGCUAGCUCCAGCCCCAGCACAAUCAUCCAGGGAGUCAAUCAUGAGCAGGGCGAGCCAACAGAUAUGGAGGUGUCAGCGGCAGCAGCAGCGGUUCAGAACCAUGUCCCGGGAUUAGGGGCGCAGUCCUUCCCCAAGAUGGGGCCUGAGAGACGGGACAGUGAGGCGGCAGCACCUGCAGACCCAGCGGCAAAGAGGAGAGAGUACGACAAUCCCUACUUCGAGCCGCAGUACGGCUUCCCAGCUGAGGACGACGCCGAUGCGGAGGGGGAGCAGGAGGAGAGCUACACCCCCCGCUUCAACCAGAACCUCAAUGGAAACAAGCCCCAGAAGCCGCUGCGGCCCAGCAGCCUGAAGCUGCCCGGCGACUCGGACGGGGAGUCGGACUCCCGCGCCAGCUCGCCCAACUCCACCAUCUCCAACAACAGCAACGACGGCUUCGGCGGCCUCAUGUCCUUUGCAAGCAAUCUGUACAAGAACCACGGUACCAGUUUCAGUCUCUCCAACCUGGCUUUACCCAACAAGGCAGCUAGGGAUAAAACAACUCCCUUUCCGAGCCUGAAAGUAUUUGGGCUAAAUUCUCUAAUGGAGAUAAUAACAGAAGCCGGCCCAGCGAGCGGCGAAGGAAACCGUCCUCCGAGAGCUCUCGUGGACCAGAAAUCCUCUGUCAUUAAGCACAGCCCCACGGUGAAGAAGGAGUCACCUUCUCCUCAAGGACGGGCGAACAAUACCAGUGAGAACCAGCAGUUCCUGAAGGAGGUGGUGCAGAGCGUGUUAGAAGGGCAGGGCGUCGGAUGGCUCAACAUGAAGAAAGUGCGGCGGCUGCUGGAAAAUGAGCAGCUACGUGUGUUUGUGCUGAGCAAGCUGAACAGGGCCAUCCAGUCGGAGGAAGAUGCCAGACAGGAGAUCAUUCAUGACGUGGAAAUCAGCCGGAAGGUGUACAAGGGAAUGCUGGACCUGCUGAAGUGCACAGUAUCCAGCCUGGAGCAUUCCUACACCAACGCAGGCUUGGGUGGCAUGGCCAGUGUCUUCAGCUUGCUGGAGAUUGCACGCACACACUACCAAACCAAAGACCCCGAGAAGCGCAAGCGGAGCCCCACAGAUGGUGGAGGCGGCAGCAGUCCGGGCAGUAAGGACAGCCUGACGCCCCGCGGAGAGAGCACCAGGCCCCUGGGCCCUCUGCUGGUGCCCAGGCUCCAGCUCCAACCCCCCUCUUCCUCCACUGGCAAGGGGGCCCGCCAGUUUGACACCCGAAGUCUGAAUGAGGAGAAUUUUAUUGCCUCUAUUGAAUUGUGGAGCAAGCACCAGGAUAACAGAAAGCAAAAAGCUAUGGAAAAACAACAGAGGGUGGAGGGAGCGAAGCAAAUUGUCGACCUGGGGGACACAGAUGAGAAGAAGUCCCAGAUCAGUGCUGACAGUGGGCUGAGUGUCACCUCUGGCUCUCAGAAAAGUGAUUCUGAGUCUGUUGCCAGCUCUGAACCCCCAGCCCUUACCAGGAGCACCAGCCAGGACUCAGAGGCCAGCACAGUGGUGAGUAACAGCUCAGGGGAGACGCUGGGGGCCGACAGUGACCUGAGCAGCAACGCUGGGGACGGACCAGCCGGCAGACUAGCGCCUCACCUCACCAUGUCCAGAGGAACCCUCUCUGACAGCGAGAUCGAGACCAACCCGGCCACCAGCUCUGUCUUUGGGAAGACUCAUAAGCUGAAGCCCGGCCUAAAGGAGCCGCGUGGCAGUGUGGGAAGGGCUGCCCCUGUCAUGCCCCUAGAGGAUGUCAGUAUGAGGAUCUACCUCUGUGAAGGCCUGCUGGGGCGGGACAAGAGCUCAGUGUGGGACCAGCUGGAGGAUGCUGCCAUGGAGACCUUCUCUCUGAGUAAGGAGCGCUCCACCCUGUGGGACCAAGUACAGUUCUGGGAGGAUGCCUACCUGGAUGCGGUCAUGCUGGAGAGGGAGGGAAUGGGCAUGGAUCAGGGGCCACAGGAGAUGAUUGACAGGUACCUGUCUCUUGGUGACCACGACCGAAAGCGCUUGGAGGAUGACGAGGACAGGCUGCUGGCCACUCUUCUGCACAAUAUGAUUGCCUACAUGCUGAUGAUGAAGGUAAAUAAGAACGACAUCAGGAAGAAAGUGAGGCGUCUGAUGGGGAAGUCUCACAUCGGCCUAACCUACAGUCAGGAGAUCAACGAGAUUCUGGAGCGGCUGCCCACACUGACUGGACGGGAGCUCUCGAUCCGGCCCAGUGGGAGUCGUCACAUCAAGAAGCAGACUUUUGUGGUGCAUGCUGGGACAGAUACCACAGGAGACAUAUUCUUCAUGGAGGUAUGCGAUGACUGCAUUGUCUUGCGGAGCAACAUCGGCACAGUGUAUGAGCGCUGGUGGUAUGAGAAGCUUAUCAACAUGACUUACUGCCCCAAGACCAAAGUUCUGUGCCUGUGGAGACGCAAUGGCCAGGAAACCCAGCUCAACAAGUUCUAUACCAAGAAGUGUCGGGAGCUGUACUACUGUGUAAAGGACAGCAUGGAGCGUGCAGCCGCACGGCAGCAGAGCAUCAAACCAGGUCCAGAGUUGGGCGGGGAGUUCCCAGUACAGGACAUGAAGACGGGUGAAGGUGGGCUGCUGCAGGUCACCCUGGAGGGCAUCAACCUCAAGUUCAUGCACAGCCAGGUUUUCAUAGAGCUGAAUCACAUUAAAAAGUGCAAUACUGUCAAAGGAGUCUUUGUCCUGGAGGAAUUUGUUCCUGAAACUAAAGAAGUGGUGAUCCACAAGUACAAGACUCCCAUGGCGCACCAGAUCUGCUACUCCGUGUUAUGUCUCUUCUCCUACAUGGCCGCGGUGCGGGGGAAGGAGGCAGAAAGCAAGCCCAAGGCCCUAUCCCCGCGGCCCCUAACCAGCUAGUCUGUGCCCAUAUCCCCCCCUCCACCACUUCCCACAUGCUGUCCAUACGAUGGGCGGCAGCUUGGCAACAAGUCAGCAGUCUUCUCCCACCUCUGGUUUUGCCGCGCCCAGGCCCCUUCUUUGAGCUGGUGGCUGUUUCGCUGUCUUGAAAUGCAUCCGUGCAUUGAUGCUGCACUGUCUGUCAGGCUGUCUGUCUUACACUUUUCAGCCCCGCGGCCGCCCAAUGUCUGUGCGCUCGUCCCUCUUACCUGUCUGACCUCCCAAGUUUACAUGGGUUCUUUUAAGUGGAAUAAUGAAUGUACUACUGAUGCUCCUCAUUUAAUUUUUAUUUAUUUCUCCUCCGCUUCUAGCAAGGUUUUUAUGUGGUUCUUUUUACUGGGUAGGAGAAAAAAAAAGACAAGGUUCCCGCCUUCGCAUGGGCACUGCGCCAUCUUGCAAGGAAAUACUUGUACUUUGGAAAGCUUCCAAAGUGCGGCCACCCUCACUGUGCAGAUUUGCCCCCUAAAGCUGUCGCACUUUAACCCCACCCUCAACUCCCUGUAAAUCUGACUGUACGAUGGAUAUUAUAUGUGCUUUAUGGUAUCGUAACUUCUAGUCUACUCUAAAGUAAGGAAACUUAAAAAGCACAGCUGUGGGGUGUCACUGUAGAUUUCUAUUGCAAUUAAUCUGUGCAGAGUUGUAAAUACCUUUCAACACUUUAGCGAAUGAGCGAAUGCUUCAGGGACUGCCAGCUGGAAUAAUGUAAUAAUGACAAUGAAACAAAGUCACAUGACCAGUUGUGUUGCUAAAGGUGUCAUUGAACUCCUAUAUUGUGAUUGGUCUAAGAUGCGUGCAUCUCCUUAGCUUGCCUACUGAGGCUUAUCUACUGUACUAGUUAUAACGUUUGUGUCUGUGGUCGGCAGUAUUGAAUUGCAUGUUACUAAGAAAAUUUGUUGAAAAAGAAAAUGCUGUACAUUUCAUUGCGAAAAGAACUUUCAAAUGCUACAAUUCAAUUCAGCUGUUGUUCGUCCACUAGAUGUGCAAUACGUUAGUUAAUGGGUCAGAGACUGGACUCUGGUUGGAAGGUGAAGUACAGGUCUCUUGGGUUUUUUUUUUUUGAGGAAGGCAGUAAAGGGGAAUAUUGUGUAAAAAAAAAUAAUAUUAAGGAGAAAAGACUGAAUUUAUUUAUAAAUAGACGGCGACUGUGUUUGGAGAUUCUCUCUCCAUGGGAUGUAAAACUACUGCUACUUCUCAGUCCUGUUGUAAUGUGUAUGUUAGUGGAGAACAGUCUGGCUCUGUUGUAAUUGUUCCCAGGAUAUGUAAUGUUUGGAAAAACCUAGCUAUAGGAUUUGUGGUUUUCUUCUUAGGUUCAUUUCUUUUGUCGGAGUUUUCAAAGAAACUACUGAAUACGUCUGUAUAGUAAUUGCACAUAAUUGCUUCUUCCAGGAGUAACAGUUCCUUUAGGUAUGCCAUGCUGAAUAAAUCAAGUAAGUUUUGGUGUAAAUAUAGGAUUUGAAACUGAUUGAUUCAGGUCGGGAAGAAUCUCCAAAAACAGAUGUUUGAAAUGGGGUAUAUUGGGGUAUAUUCUAUAUUACAGUAAAUAAUACUGAAAAUGUCUGUGACUCGUCUGAUUUUAAACAAUAUAAUCAUCAAUAUGUCUGCUGCUGUAGAGAGAGGGAAAAGAGAAACAGGGACAUCAGAUGUAAAUAUUUCAGUGUUAAAAGUAUUUAUAGAAGAUGUACAGCUUUGGCAAUAUGAAAAUAAAACAUGUCC